AUGAAGCCUUUGCUGCAACGUGAGGGUGUUGUUUCGCACAACUGCCAUGUCAGAGAAGGGGAGGAGGUGGUCGGACCCCAGGAUGGUUUGCCAACUUGGCUUGUGGAGGUUGUGGUUUCCAGGCCAACGCCUCGUGAGGCCCUGGACUUUCUCAUGAAGCUGGAGGCCGAGAUCCAAGCCUUGGUGAAGUGGGGCCAGUGCGUGGCCUUGCUGAGCCUACAGAGUGACCAGGCUCGGACGUACAGAGAUUCGCAGAGCGGCUGUGUUGCAUCCGCAGACAACACUGCGGGUCUGCAUAACGGGUCAACGAAUUCAAAAGUGGCCAGCAUGCAUGAUGAUGUUUCAGCACCACCGGCGCUUCAUGUGGAAGCGGCGCAGCUUCCGAAACAAUACCCGCUUCAGCUUGGCUUGGCUUACUUGCUUCUCGUCGGCUAUUUGGUGCGAACGCUCUUUGUGAGUUUAUGCUUGCCGGCAUCUGUCGGCGUCAUACUGACGGGAUGGAGCUUUAGCUACUUCAUCCAGGAAGACAUUUUCGUCGGCAGAGACAUGCUUCAAGAGCUUGCCUUCUUCUUGGUUCUCUUGACCGCAGGCUUGGAGAUUUCCAUCCUUCAUCUCAAGCCUUACUUCUUCGUGCUGGCAUUGGUUCCCUGCACCGCGGAGUUGCUGGCCAUCGCCGCGUAUUCGGCCAUGGACCUGAUUGCCAAGUCGCAGGCGUGUCUGAAACGCCUGGCCGCAAGAGGACCUGUGAGUGCGCAGAGCGGCCCUGGAAUUGUGCUGGAAAGGCAUGGGGCCAAACUUCGGAGGCUGCACGGUGACAGGGAGGAGGAGGCGAUACUGAUAGGAGCAGCAUGCUCAGAAGUCUUCACAGGGCCUCGACUCGCAAAAGUGUUGCGGCCAGCCUUGGAUCAUCAAAAGACUGCUGUCGAGAACAUGGAGAUGGACAAGCCAUGGGAGCCUCUUGCAAUACAUACAAGUGCAGGCGUUCCACAUGCGCUCGCAGACUUCGUGGAAAGGUUAUCGCUUCACUUGCCCUGGCCUCCUGAAGGUGACUGGUUUCUGAAUUUGCAGCUCGAGGGGGCAACUGCUGUUUGGGCAGGGGUGGAAACUUUGGCCACCUUACGCUCACAUAACAUCGUUCCAGCUGCAAGCGGAUGUGGUGAAGUGUCCAAGGAUGACAAAUGUUACCUUGGAGUUGCCGAGCAUUCCUAUCAUGGUGCAAAGACGACGGCUCUUGGACAGCCUGCGCUACCACGCUGGAACAAAGCACCACGGACUGUGGGGCAAGUGCCGUACCCUCUGCCGCCAGCGGAUGCAGCGACAAGCCAGCAAGCCCAGAAAGCCUACCUAGAUCAGUUUGAAACCUUUCUGAUGGAGCACGAAGAAGUUGGCAUUUUGAUCUUUGAGCCGCAGUGGGGUUCCAGCUUGCUUGGCCGAACCUGGCCGGCUGCGCUGCUCCGGAACGUCAUCUCACUUUGUCACGCCUUGGGUAGAAGCGUUCUGUGUGACGAGAUUAUGUGCGGAUUAGGUCGCCACGGGCAAGGCGAAAGCCUGUUUCUGAGCUCUGCCUGGGAGCUGAAUCCAGAUGGUGUUACCUUCGGCAAAGCAAUUGCCUCUGGCACAUUUCCGCUGUCGGGGGUCGCCAUCCGUGGCGGUGCAAACACUUUGUUGGAGUCUGGCCAAAAAGUGGUUCAAGGCCAUACAUAUGCCGGAUCUUCAUCGCUUGCGUACUUGACUGCAGCUCAAGUUCUCAGAGAAGUGCCGGCAUGGCUCUGCAACGUGAAGAAGUUGGGUGAGCUCGUGAUCGAGAUUCUUGGCCCCUUGCAGGAUGAGAAAUUCUUCCAUCUACAUGGACAGGGACUGCUCUGGGGUGUAGAACUCCGCGGAGGGCGCGAUCUCAAGCGCCUCAAACAGCUUUGCGUACAGGAGGCUGUGUACAAUCUGGGCUUCACUUGGGCUGAAGGCUUGAACCUGGGGACCGUGCUGGUUGCCGUUGGUGACGGCUUGGUGAUACCGAAGAUGAAAGAGUUUAGUGUGUUGCACAAGCAGCAUCCAAUGCCCUACUUGAUGCUAUGCUGGGCUCCAGUGGAGGCCAGCUACGCGCUAACUUUAUUUGGUGUUUUCACUGCGGUCUCAGCUCCGGCUACGAUGCCAAGCCUCAAUAUCGUUUUGCUGCUUGCAUCGACGAUGAUACGAAUAGCAGCGACGGUCGUGGCGGGCGCAGCACUGGGCUAUGCAGCAUGGUUCCUCAUCGACAAAAGAAGGGAGGCGACACUAUUCGGGCACCAGGUCUUCACCAACCAACCUGUUGAAGCCUUCCUGAUGCUUCUGGCCGUAGCCCUCUGUGCCUACGGUCUCGGGAGCAACACGAAAGGCAGGCCGACGCUUCCGCUGUUCUUCGGCUGCGGCUCGCUCUUUCAGCCCGAGCUUAUGGUCAUCGCGGUGGACUUAGACCUUCUUCAGCGUUCGGGGGUACUGGGAGCAGCCAGUGUGCUCCAGUUGGGACAAUCCAAGCACUUGCAUGUGUAUGACGGUAGGGCAAACUCAAGCUUCGUAAGGCAAGUGUGUAGUCCCCGAACCGCUGGGUGGACUGCAACAAGUUGGCAUUUCCAUAGUGCACAAGAGUGA